AUGUUACCACAAGAAGAGUACAACAACUGGAGGAGACCCACAGGGAAGAAAUCUUACUGCAAAUCUUCAUCGGAACUUAAAAUACACCAGCGAGUACACACAGGAGAGAAAGCUCACCACUGUUUUGAUUGUGGGAAGAGUUACUCAAGAUCAGAUGCACUGAAAGUACACCUGAGAAUUCACACUGGAGAGAAACCUUUUGGCUGUGAUCAAUGUGGGAAGAAAUUUACUGUGUCAAACUCCUUGACAGUGCACCAGAGAAUACACACAGGAGAGAAACCUUAUAGCUGUAAUCAAUGUGGGAAGAGUUGUACUACAUCUAGCCAUCUAAUUACACACCAGAGAACACACACAGUAGAUAAAUAUUUUAUCUGUGAUCAAUGUGGGAAGAGUUGUAAUACAUCUAGCCAUCUAAUUGUACACCAGAGAACACACACAGGAGAGAAGCCUUAUAGCUGUAAUCAAUGUGGGAAGAGUUUUGGUCAAUCUGUCCAUUUGACAGUGCACCAGAGAACACACACAGGAGAGAAACGUUAUAGCUGUGGACAAUGUGGGAAGAGUUUUGGUCAAUCUGUCCAUUUGACAGUGCACCAGAGAACACACACAGGAGAGAAACGUUAUAGCUGUGGUCAAUGUGGGAAGAGUUUUGGUCAAUCUGGCCAUUUGACAGUGCACCAGAGAACACACACAGGAGAGAAACCUUUUAGCUGUAAUCAAUGUGGGAAGAGUUUUAGUACAUCUGGCUAUCUGACAAUACACCAGAGAACACACACAGGGGAGAAAUUGUUUACCUGUAAUCAAUGUGGGAAGAGUUUUAGUACAUCUGGCUAUCUGACUAUACACCAGAGAACACAC